AUGAGAGUAAUCAGCAAUGCCAGCUCAGUGACCAUCUCGUGGAGUGCUCCAUUCUCUCUGGAUGUGACUGGUGUUGAUCCUGAUAUCUGGUACUCUGUCCUCAUCUACAAUGUGACAGAUGAGAACAACCCAACAGCUAUCCUCUGUACUGACUGUAUCAAUAUCACUGAGACACACUACACCUUCACUCCUGACUACCUCAGUCCUUGUCAUGUGCACAACUUCUCUGUCAUCCCCCUAAAUGGAGCUGGCCAGGGAGAGAGCAGUUUUAAUGCUACAACUAUCGUGGUUGGUGACAGUGGAAAUAUAUCCCUCUCAAUAAUUGACAUUGCACCUAGUAGCAAGUCAUUCUGCAGUGUUAGCCUUAAUGUUGUGGGACUUGGCAAUGUGUGUCACCCAAUUCUCAGUGAAGCAAACAAGAGUUUCUCUGAUAUUCAUGUUGUAGAUGAGCAAGUGUUCCUCUUCCUAAUGCUACCUGCAAACAAAAGAUACUUCAUGUACCUUUCAAUAAGAAAAGGCUGGGUAUCUGCAACCAUAGCACACCUAUAUUUCACAACCUAUGAUGUCCAAAGAAUGUCAGUGGAAGAGAGAGGAGUAGGAGGAGUAUUAGUGAGAGGGGAGUUCAUGAGUGGGUCACGAGCUACAGGAUGUCUAGUGGUCUUCGAGGGACCUCCCUCCUCUCCUGACAUCUUCAGAGCUCUCCUGAGGACCCAGUCUCAGGACACUGUCUCCACCACGGUACCUGUCCCUCCCUCCACUUACACUGUGUAUGGAUACGACCUUGAGGAGAAUGGACUACCCAACACCACGCCUGCUGUGAUACUGGAGAGUCAGCUAACUAUCAGCAAAGGUGCUACAUUGGUUAAAAGUUCUCAACUAUUAAAGGAUGCCGAUAUAACAUCUGAAUUAGGAUCAACUAUAGUUAUAGACUGUGAAUUCUCAGAGGUCUAUCCAGAGGCCUCAUGUGUCCUGGUCUACAGAGAGUAUGGCAGUCCUCUCCUGACAGUUGUGGAGUUGUCUCAGCUCAUCAACUUCCCUGUUUCUAUCACUGUGGACAAUCCUGAGAACUACACGUUUGCACUGUUUGGAAAAGACAGCACAACAGGAACAGAGGAAGAGCCGGUUAUUUGUAUCAAGUUUGAUAAGGUUGCACCAGAUCAAACAUUACUUAAUAAGACACUGGAUUCCGAAAAGAAAGAAGAAACAGAAAGUGGGAGAGAUGAGAAAAACAACUCCCAAACACAACAUGUUGCCAUAGCCAUUGGGGGUACACCCUUUUGUCAAAACAAUCAUGUUUACUUAUUCUAUCCAGCAGGGGCUGUAUUGAUAUGUGUUUUAUCAUGUGCCUCUGGUGUGCUAGUCUUCAUGACAGUCAGGCGGUACAGAAGCAAAAAAAUAAAAGAUAAAAGUGCAGCCCCAACUGUCCAGACCAGAAAUGCUGUGGUGUAUGAUGAGGUGGUUCUGCCCCCAACCUCCUCCUCCGUCAUUCGAACAGAACCUAAUGCAGCGUAUGUCACCACUCAGACUACUACCAUACCCACUGGCGAGAAUGUAGCUUAUGGUGUGCAUUGAUAAAGACUUAAUAGUACAAUGAUCAUUGUUUUUAUAUUUCUUGUGAUCAU